AGUGUCACGCGAUUUAAAGGUCAAAUAAUCCUUUGAUAAAAAGCAUUUCUGAAAACAUAUAUGUUCAACUACGGCAGAUAGUUCAAUUGAAACUACCCAAACUAGGGUGGAAAGAUCCCAUCUCCUAGUUUUUCUCGGCUGGGUAGUCUUAUGUAUUCUCUACUGCACACAAGUUGCUAUUCUCGUCUCUUAUUUGAUAGUAUACCAACACCCCCAGUUCGGUUGGUGUUUCCUGAUGUUUCUACCAGCUCCUAUUUUGGCGGUGCAUUUCUUGCGUCGCAAUUGGGAACUAAAGUACGCCGAAGUAGAAAAAGAAAUAUGGUAUGUUUGGAUAAUUUGGGGAACUUAUAUGAUAGCUUACGUUGCUAUGGUAGCUAUAAUAUUCAGUACAGUUGCAAAAAAGUUGACAAAUGAGGAUGAACUUACUACCAAUGCAUUGAAAGGUACGCUAUGUAUUACCUCAGCUUUGUUGAUGCUUUUGCUCCAACUUGCGAUUGGCCCAUCAUUUCAAAAGUUCAUUCUAUCGCUCGCUGCAUUAACGGGCUUGAAUAUCUUUGACGCGAUCGAAAUGCUGGAUCCUUACCUAACCCAGAUCGACGGAGGAAAAUUCGACUUGAACUCCGCGACCGAGGUCUGCAUCGUAUUCUUCACAUGUUUAAGCUUCCUUCUCUCAUCGCUCAGUCUGAUUCGAAAUAAAUUCGGAGAAAAUGGGAAUGUUAAAGAAAGAACAAGGAUAACCAUUAUUCUUGGUUUCCUCGAGACAAUCGGAAUUAAUUUUCCAUUCCUGGUUAUUCGAGCUGUGAUUUGGCACACACAUCAAUACGAAUCUUCCGUGUUUAUCGCAAAGAAUGCUCUUGCCUUAGCAUUUGGCACAGUCGAGUUCAUUAUGCUCAUUAAAGUGCAACACGCCAAACACUCAAAGUGAAUAAAAUUUAUCUUGUACAUUAUAUCUGUGAAUGAAUUAAUGAUUUUAAUUGUCCAUCUUUAAGCCAUGUUACGAUGCAAUUUUAUUGCAACUUGCAUGCAAUGCAAUUCUAGUUUUAAGAGAUGUAAACUAGUGAAGAGUCUUGGAAACUAGUGAAACGCCAUGGAGUGUAUAAUAAAGACAAAAAUUUGGUAGUUGCGAAAUUUAUAUAUCUCAAAAGAAGAAUUGCAUUGCAAGUCGCAUAUGCAUAUUAGGUAGGCAAAAAUUACAUCAGAAGAACAUUCCAAACAAUGCGAUUGUAUCGAUAGACACGGUGGUCAAGUUGAAGGCAUCGGCGGAUAAUCUCUUUUUAAGAAGUGUAAAUGUAAAUAAUUUCAAUAAACAUGUUGUA